ACACUCUUCUGACGUCAUAGUUCAAAGGGUUAACGCUACGGAAGUUGGGGCCCCACGUGAGAACGUUAGUUGUGUUGAUUUCAAAUGUGCUGAAAUAACGACGUGAGUCGACAUGGGGAAGAAUAAGAAGCGUAAGAACGACUCUGGGGAGAUGGUUGACAAAAUUGGACAGCAACCGAGUGCGAAGAAGCAGAAACGAGAUGGUAAAGCCCCAAAAGCCAACAAAAAAGAGGACCACCUUGAGCACAUCCCCUUCAGGCUGCAAGAGAUCAUUAAGAGCAAGGAGAGGAUGGAGCAAAGUGGCUCUUUGAAGGAAAGCAAAUUAAGAAACGCCAUCCAUUUUCAUAGACAACCAGAGAAGUCCAAUGUCAGCGAUAUAGCUGUCCCGCAUUUCAAGCGAGGACAUCGGGAAAGCGAGUCACACUACAAGCGGCGCAUGGAGAUGGAGUCCAAGCAGGUCUUAUUCCUCACCAACAACCAGGUGGAGAGGAAACCCGAGCUGGAUGAAGACAAACAAGAGAAGCCAGUAGACCAGAGAAAGACAGACAAAAAGAAAGAGUACAACAAACAGAAGUUGCAAAAGCAACAGCAGAAAAAGUUGGAACGACGUGAAGCCCAGUUGGAAAAGGAAAUGUUCCAAGAUGACAUUCCCUUCGGCGAGGUUUCAAUGGAACCACCUUCACUAACCAGCAAACCCAAGAAAGCACCCAUCAAGCCUCGGGCCACUAAGGAGCUUCUCCUCAACUCGCUUCUCGGCCAUGCGCCGGCGCCCACCACCAAGCCGUCCAUGGCCAGGCAGAGGAUCAUGGAGGAGGAGCGGCAGCGGGCCGUGCUGGCUUAUCGGCAGCUGAAGAAACAGAGACAGCAGCAACAGGAAGAGGCCAGGACUGUGAGGCGCAAGGUUCCCCAGUGAUGGGGCACCGCGACAAGAUUAUUUUUCCUCAAGUGACUGUGGGAAUUUUGCAGUUAAAUAUGAUGUGGCUGAAGCCCGGCAAGGCCGACACAUUUGCAUCCCAAGGCUGGGCGGAGACAUUUAAAUGCUGUUAUCUUGUCAAGCAUUUAUUUGUUGUUACGCAGGCAGUCAGUCCUCAGUUUACAAUGAUAUCAACGUAUGAGGUUACGAAUGGCGUGCGAUGAAGUAGUCUGUGUAGAAAUACAUUCUCAUUCGACAAGGUACGUCGUAAUUCUCGUCAAGUUUGACAAUUCUAGCCUAGAAAUGUUGGAACGGAACUCAAGAGAAACCGGACGCUGCUGUAGUGCGCUCAGCGGUGCAGGGGUUAUACAGUACUACUGAAGGGCCGCUUGAGGGCAGUGUUUCAGAAAACACAAAUCCACUUCAUUUAUUUGGAGAACUGUGGUGCCAUGCUAUCUAAACGAGAUAAUAUAAAACUGUUUUUAUAAUGUCAAGAGGAAAGUAUAUUUUUGCUGCUCAUAUGAUUCUUGUGAGCUGAUGUCUCUUUGUGUUUUACCUGAUCAAAAUCAACAAACAUGUUUGGUAAGAAAACAGUGAAACACACUUUAAUGCGGCUUGGCUUCCAAGUUGUACCAAUUUCAAUAGGAAAUAAAGAAAAGCGACUAACUGGUAUUA